AGACAGCCCAGCUUUAGAUUUCCCAGCCUUAGAUGGCCCAACCUUAGAUGGCCCCAGUCGUAGAUGGCCCAGCCGUAGAUGGCACAGCUGUAGAUGGCCCAGCGUUAUAUAUCCCAGCCGUAGAUGGCACAGCUUUAGAUAGCCCAGCCAUUGCCCCUGCUUUAGAUUUUGUCACAGCCGUAGAUGGCCAAGCUGUAGAUUUCCUGGCUUUUGAUUUCCCAGCCGUAGAUUCUCCAGCUGUAGAUUUCCCAGCCGUAGAUGGCCCAGCUUUCGAUUUCCCAGCCGUCGAUGGCGCCCAGCUUUAA